ACUGCACCAACCACUACAACAACUGCUUCAACCACAACUACUCCUGCUCCUACCACAACUACUGCACCAACCACUACAACUACUACCCCAACAACAACAACUACUGCCCCAACCACAACUACUACUGCUCCAACUACAACGACUACUGCAUCAACGACCACUGCUCCAACCUCUACAACUACUGCUCCAACCACUACAACUACUACCCCAACUACAACGACUGCUCCAACCACAAAAACUACUGCAGCAACAACCACAACUACGGCUCCAACCACUACAACUACUGCCCCAACCACAACUGCCCUAACUACAACAACUACUGCUCCGACUACAACUACUGCCCCAACCACAACUACUGUACCAACCACAACUACUGCUUCAACCACAACUACUACUGCUCAAACUAUGACUACUGCAUCAACUACAACUGCUCCAACCACAACUACUGCUGCUCCAACCACUACAACUACUCCCCCAACCACUACAACGACUGCACCAACCACUACGACUGAUCCAACCACUACAAUGACUGCUCCAACCACAACAACUACUGCUACAACCACAACAACUACUGCCCCAACUACGACAACUACUGCUCCAACCACAACUACAACUGCCCCAACCACAACAACUACUGCACCAACCACU